CAGUCGCGCAGGCACCAGCGAAACGAGUGCUUCUCGCGUCGUUCUCUCGCGUCGAUCGCUCGCACAAUUCUCGUCGCACGAUUCCGAUCGUCGACUCUUCAGUCCAGAGACCACGAGUCCUUGCAGACCGCGAUUGUAUCUUAAUCGUCUGAGGCGAUCUGUCAGGCACUCAACAGAAGGUGAAGGGGAAGUGGCUAUGGAGUCGUGGCUGAGUGACGUUCAACGCGUGCGGAUCCCGCGGCCCAAGUUCGGCAGCGGCAAUUCCGUGAGACGGUCGAACUCGUCGGUGCAGCACUCGGUGCGAUCGGAGAUGCACACCCAUCGGCAGGGUCAGGACGUGGCCAAGGCCACCGAGGAGCUACGCCAGGCGCUCCAGGACAAGCUCUGACCGACCCCCCCCACGGCCGUCGUAAGGGUCCCGGCGAGGGCGCGGGAACUUACUUCACCUAUUUUCCCUCGACAUCCUCGUGCUCGCCCGUCACGACGAGAAUGACCUCGAAUCGAAAUUGAAUUUUCCGUCGCUGCACCGAGGUUUGCGUUUCCGCAAACUUUUGUGAAAAUUUUAAGAGAAUCUUCGGAUUCAUGGAUAUAAUAUCCA